AUGCCUUUCUAUAAUAUCGUGACGCAGCCAGGCUCUCUGGCUGCGAAAAAUCUGCUCUUUAGUAGUUCUUUGGCGUGCGCUAGCGUCGCUAGACUAUGUUUCAAUCGAUCAUCACGGAACAUCACACGAUUCCAGUCGUCUGAUCGGCCGCAUCAGGCUUUCACUCCCGAGCAGUUGCAAAAAGCUCGAGAAGCUAGACUAAACGGUCUAGGACCAUUUGUGUCCAAGCUGCCUGCCAAGUGGAUCCCGUAUGCCGAACUCAUGCGGUUGGAAAAACCAGUCGGAACGUGGCUGCUGUUUCUGCCGGGCUCGUUUGCCAUCCUUAUGGCCGCGAUGGAGACGGGCACUUCGAUUGGCCAUACAGCAUGGAUGCUUGGCCUCUUCGGGGUCGGCUCGCUUGUAAUGAGAGGCGCCGGCUGUACCAUCAACGACCUGCUGGACCGCAAGCUCGACAGCUCGGUGAUCAGAUCCGUCGAGAGACCGAUUGCCUCUGGAAGGGUUUCUACCAAGCAGGCAACAGUUUUCCUGGCAGGACAGACGGCGAUCGGGAUUGGCAUCCUCAAACAGCUGCCUCCAGAUUGCUGGUGGUUGGGGCUAGCUUCGCUGCCUCUGGUGUUCACGUACCCGCUCUUCAAAAGAUUUACUUACUAUCCACAGGCUGCCCUGAGCGGUUGUUUUAAGUGGGGCGCCCUUCUCGGGUUUCCUGCUAUGGGAAUCAUCGAUUGGCCCACUAUGAUUCCGUUAUUUGCUGGCAAUUUCCUAUGGUGCAUGAUAUAUGACACGAUCUACGCACAUCAAGACAAGGCUUUCGAUGUGAAGGCUGGUAUCAAGUCGACAGCUCUGGCCUGGAAGGACAAGACAAAGCCGAUCUGCAACGUGCUGGCGACGUCCCAAAUUGCUCUGUUCGCGCUCGCAGGGAUCAACAGCGGACUGAUCCUGGGGCCAGGUUUCAUCGGAGGACUAUCGAUCUUUGCAUACAGACUAUUUACAAUGAUCAGAAAUGUUGAUCUCGAUAACCCCAAAGAUUGUUGGAGAGCGUUCACAAGCAACAUCAGAACAGGGCUUUACUUCUCGUAUGCUCUGUUUUUUGACCUAUUACUGAGAUCCUUUGGCCUUCUGUGA